AGCUGCCGCUCGGCGGUGACCGGCAUCAGAGGAGCGCCGCCGUUGUCCUGUAAACAUCACGCCAGCCGAGGAGCUCAGCGCGGACACAGCCCACCCCACCCGACCCGACCUGACCUCGCCUCACGUGUCGCUUUGGAGUCCGCAGUCGGAAUGCGCCCGCGGGCCGGCGAGCUGAGCCUCACGGUGAAGAUGCGCCAAAGCCGAUAAAAGAGCAACUUUGGAGAGGACGGCGAUCGCGACAGGACCUUCUCUUACCGCCGUGGUGACGUGCGACACGGACAAUGAGGCGCGGGAUCAACCUGCUGCUCGCGCUGCUCGGAGGGGUGGCCGUACUGGCAGCGAAGGACGACUGCCCCUCCAAACAGUACACCAGGAGCGGCGAGUGCUGCAAGCAGUGCCAGCCAGGUGAAGGGGUGCUGGAGAAAUGUGGCAUCAACCAGACCAAGUGCACCGCCUGCUUGGACAGUGAGACCUUCUCAGAGUUCUACAGCCACACAGAGGCCUGCCAGCCCUGCACCAAGUGUGGCCGCCUGCUGCGCAUGAAGGCGCCCUGCACCGAGAGCGCUGAUGCCAUCUGCAUCUGUGACUAUGGCUACUUCAAGGACAUGAUGAAUGACCAAUGUAUGCCCUGCACCAUCUGUCCACUGGGCCAAGGAGUGUACACCGAGUGCACCGAGGAUCGGGACACCACCUGUGAACAGUGCCCUGAGGGCACCUACUCAGACCAGGACAGCAGCAUGGACCCGUGCCUGCCCUGUACCCAGUGCGAUGAGGAUGACGAGACGAUGCUGGAGCCCUGCACAAGCACCUCAGAUGCCAUCUGCAGGGAGGUGAGUCCUCGGAUGACCUUCAGCACCAUGACAGACCCUCUCUUCAUGGACUCCUCCACCACCAGCAAGGUCACCGUCCCCACCAAUACGUUGGGCUUCACCAAUGGCAUGGGCAGAGCCAUGACACCAACCAACACUGUGACCACCACCAACCCCAGCUCUUCCCAGAUCAAUGCCACCAUCAUGGACAAGAACCUGAUCCCCAUCUACUGCUCCAUCCUGGCGGCGGUGGUAGUCGGCCUCGUGGCAUACAUCGUCUUUAAGAGAUGGAACAGCUGCAAGCAGAACAAGCAGGCCGCCAAUAACCGAACGGUGAACCAGACACCGUCACCUGAGGGCGAGAAGCUCCACAGUGACAGUGGCAUCUCCGUGGACAGCCAGAGCCUGCAGGAGCAGCAGCAGGCAGUAAAGGCGUCCAGCUGCCCCUAUGCCAACCUGCCCACCCACAAACAGAAGGAGCUGGAGAACCUGCUGAAGGGCAGCGCCGAGGACGACACUGACUGGUGCAACCUGGCCAGCCUGCUGGGCUACCAAGAGGGGCAUAUCGACGCCUUCCGCCAGGGCGAGCACCCGGUGCAGGAGCUUCUGUCCGACUGGGGAAACAAAGACAGUGCCACCGUGGAUGCCCUUUGCACUGCCCUGAGGAAGAUUAACCGGGAGGACAUUGCAGAGUGCCUGAGCGCCGAGCCCACCGCUACGUCUGCCGUGUGAAGCUGGGGGCACGCGCCCAUGGGCUGCGUGUUGAGACUUUGGACUUUUUUAUGGUGGCGGAGUUCUCUCCUGCAGCAGCAUGGCAUGGAGAGGGCAUGGAAAUGCCCCCUGGCUCCACCAUCAUGGAGGAAGCGCUUAGCGUGCACUGAAGUUUGGAUUCUCAGUAUUGCCCCCCAUUCCCCUUCUUCCUUGAGUUUUAAUCCGUUAACUGACCAGAGAAGAGCCGGCCUGGGCAAGGGUCCAGUGGGCCCACCCAAGAGACGACUUCUCCCCAGCUGUCCCUCGUGCAACCCGCUCUGCAGCGCCAUACGCAUCUCAAGAAUGCCAAGGAGCAGCCUGUCACUUGUUGUUGCCUCAAAUGUCACCUGACGCUUUCCGCCAUGCUGUGGUUAUCGGAGUGGACCCGAGCAGGAAGCCCUGGAGUGGACUCCCUGAAGGAGAUGAUGGGAAAAGUUCUAGGAAGUGCCCAGAUGGGCACCUUUCCCGGGCACAGAAGAGAGCAGCCACUUGAGACAUGUCUGGUAGCUGUGAGGGUUCAAGUGGCCACCUUGCAAAAGUCCCCUGAUGCUGUAGAAGGGACAUCCGGGACGACUGGGCAUGCAUCUCAGGGAACAAGACUCUGUGCCACCUGGGCACUUCCCUGUAGCACCCACCACUGAUGAAGAGACCAGUGCUGCUGCUUGGUAUACCCUCUCCCCACCCUACUGCUCAGUGACUGGCAUGGACUGAGCUGCAGUGGACACCCGAGGUCUCAGGUGCCAAACAAGACGUACCAGGAGGACGUGUCUGACUAAGGAUCACACAGUGCCAAGGCUGGCACCUCGAUCUCUGGGGCAGCCCAUCACUGGCUCCCUCCCAGGAGUGCCUGGCCACCAUGAAGUCGGAAAGAGCAGAGGGUCGACCUCCGGUGGGCUGGGCACACCUGCUCGUUCACUAACCCAGCUGGCUGCAAUGUGUUUUCUAAGUGUGGCAGCGCCCAGAGGAGCAGUACCCGCUUCGACGGCGGCUGGGCGCACUUUGUGGCUUCUUCUCUGCCUUCCGCGUUUUGUACACGUUGUCUGGCCGCUCAUCUCUGACACCACUUGUGUUGAUCUUGGGCAAAAAAGAUUGAAAUAAAGAUAUAAGCCAUC